GUGUCUGUAAAUGUAUCGAUUGUAGCUUAGCUCGACGAGGGAGGCAUCAUCAUCAUCAUAAGUUUCUUCCGUGUAGAGUCUUCUUCUUCUUCUUCUUCCAUUGUGGCUAGGGUUGAGAUUCCGAUCUCAAAUGUCGAUCGAUAUCGGAGAAAUCUCCAUUCCAGACCUCCCACUCUUCUUCUCCAUGUUCUUAACCAUCUACCUAAUCGCUUACUUGAUCGUCUUCCGCAAUUGGAAACCACAAAUCCGUCCCGAAGCCUCCAGCUGCCUGAUCUCAAUCUUUCACGGAACUCCGGCGGUUUUCCUCGCCACACGCGCCGUCUUCUCAUCCUCGUCACGCUCAUUCUCAUCCGCCAACACCGCCGCUCAAAACACCGUCCUCGAUUUCAGCGUCGCUUACUUCCUCACCGAUCUCGUCCACUACAUCGUCUUCAACCCUAGCGACGUACUCUUCAUCGGCCAUCACUUGGCCACUCUGUUCGUCUUCCUCACAUGCCGGUUCCUCGUCUUCCACGGAGCUUGCGCCAUCCUAGGCCUCCUGAUUCUAGCCGAAGUCACAAGCGCGUGUCAGAACGCGUGGACGCUCGCCGGAGCAAGGAAGGAUGAUCCGGAAUCACGACUAGCCGUAAAAGUGUACGAUCUCUUGUCCCCUCCGUUUUACGCCUUCUACAGUAUCGUUAGGGGUGUGUUGGGACCUUUGUUUUUCGGGAAAAUGGUUGCCUUUUACGCCCGAGGCGGUGCUCAUGGUGUGAUUCCUAAUUGGUUGUGGAUUUCUUGGGCACUUGUUGUUGGAACUGCCAUUACUGUUAGUAUACUUUGGAUUUGGAACCUCUGGAUAGAUUUGUUUAGACAAAGGAAGGCUAGUCAACUACGACAAGACAAGAAAAUUAGAUAGUUUCUUACUUCUCUCAAACAUCAUUGAUGUUUGAGGCUUCCUUCUCAUGUACUAUAUAAUAUAUUAUAUACCAUUUUUAUUUUCACCUUUUAGAAUAUUUCUCUAAGCUAUGUUAUGUUCUCCAAUAAUAGAUUUGCUUCUAGAUAACAUGUCUGCAAAUGCACUGUUAACUCACCUCUGUAUUUGUUCGCAAGUUUUUCUAAGAGUUGCUACCCAUUGACUUCAACUGUAUGUUUUUGUUUGAUAACUCUGUUUGUUUACGAACUUUGUGUAUUUUGUAAACAACUCUGGUUGCCUUUGACUUGAUGAUAUAGCUGCUACCGACCGUUUCACGGAAACUCUUGGUUCGACUUAUUGACAGAAGAAUGGUGUAGAACAAUGCUUAAUACUUUUCUAGGAUUGAAGUGCCAUUUCCUUGUUAUUACAGUUUCAGUAAUGUCAAACACUUGCAUUGGAUCGUAUCAACCCAGAUAGGUCAUAUUAGGAGUAUAUGUGAUUUGUGUUUCAUCCACUAGAUCCUGUUCGAAAUGACUCCGGGGUUAAAAGUUAUGGUAUACCUGGUAGCUUCAAAAGAGCUAUAUAACUAGUAGCAUGUCAGCCACAAUAAUAAGUCACUUGUGGUUUUUCUGUGCGAUGAGCAUGUUUUGUGUAACCCUAUGAGCGGAAAGAGGAAGUAGAAGCAAGCUACAACCACAUAAGCUACAUGUACUCCUUCCCAAAACCAUAUUAUGGCUUUGCUUUGCGUCAGCAAAAGCCAUCUCCGGCAAUGCACUUAUAUAGAAGAUAUGACGCACAAACAACGCAGAGAAGCUCGGCUUUUAUGAGAAGUACGGUUCACAGAUCUCCUUCGGGUAUUGUCCUCCUGUGACCAUGCAGACACUGAUUUCAACAAGAAGUUGCUGUAACACAAUGAUGAGCUUAACCCAGCUCAUGCAACCUGUCAAACCACCCACCCUUCAAACAUGACAAGACCAACACCAAAUCCCCUGGAACCAGUAAUAGCAAGUCAUAUAUUCUCAGUUACUUGGCAUCAUCACAAGUUAGUCAGGGGAGUACAAAACAUAGAUGUCCAUAUCUUCGCCUAGUAUGAUCAUUGGAUUUGGAUUGUGAACUUUUCAUGUAUUGAAGAGGAUUGUUAGCUUCCGACUUUGAUACAUGUCGGCACGGCUCGGCUUUCCUUCC